CGGACGGUGGAGAGAGAGUCCGUCAUCGGAUUCUAUUCAGUUAUCGCUGUCAUCCCCAGAUUUAUCUCGACUCGAGUCCUCUCAUCGGUGUACACCCUAUUCAUUAUUCUCAUACUCAUAGCGGCUGUGCUGAGUUGUACGCAGAGCCACGUCCCGUUGCGCCACAACUCCCAGCCUUCGUUCUUCCCUUCUGGGCGCGACCGCGCGAUCGGGGGAACGCCUCAGGCGCAAAUCUCUUUGCCUCCGCUUUUUACCCUUAAGAGGAAAACCAAAUUUUGCCGCUGCUCCAUCAACAGAAUCCAUCUUGUCGCCUCUCCCCCCGCAGCCUCCUCUCCUAUAAUUCGCGUCACUCUUAGCGUGACUCGGCCCUGGUGUCUAUCUGAACAUCGGAUUUUGUUCCUUUCCCAUCCCAAAAGUGGUUGAUCCACACAAUUCAUUUGUAGUCAUGGGUAUACCGUGAGUUUUGCCCUAGUCUUCCUUGCCAUUUAAUUUGGAAUUUGCUGCUGUCGGGGACUACGCGCGCUGUGUUGCGCUGCCGACAUCGCUCUUCUAGCGCACAGGGUCAUCAUAAUGGCUGACUCUUUAUAGAAUGUUCCGCGAGCACUCCUCUACCGAGGCUGCCAAAAACAAUCCUAUUAAAGACCCCUGUGCCGCUGCGCGCUCGACAAUCCGUCGCCAGGCCACCAUUCGGCGUCCUUCGCGUUACAGUAGCUCCUCCGCUUUACGCAGCGCAACCCUGCGCCCUCCCUUCCCUCGCCCCCUCGUGGAUGAGAUCGAACGAGAAACAAACGGACUCCAGCGCCAUGUGCGCUCUCCCGCUCCGAACUCGGGCUCCGGCGACGACCCGUUUGAUCUGACCAACGGUCUCACGGACUCCAGCGCUCGGGAGGCUGGUCAGCGGCUGCUGAACGAUGUCCUCCGACAUAGUCGUCCUGGUCAACGGUUGAGAAUUCCGCGUAACACGACCGUUUCGGAUCUGUACCGUCGCUCAUCCCCUGGCGAUGAUGUGACACAUCGACAAGAUCAAGAGUCAUCCUCAUUUACACCACGUUUCACCCCUGCAGUUGUACACCAUCGAACUAGUUCCCCUCAACUACGCCCGGAUGUCGUGCGCCUGUCCCCCUUUCCCAGACCCGAGAGCUUUGGCGGGGAUGUUGCAUCGAAUAUUCCGCUGUUGCGUCGAGUCGGCCAACGAUCCAUCAACGAGGCAAGCCGCGCAAGCCGUGAGUCGGUUGUCGAUGGUCUUGGAGAUCGCGAAAGGAGCAUGAGCCCUGACGAUGACCAUGCAAACGAUGCGUGGGAGACGCUUUUGACGACCAUCACUCCCGACACCACUCUUCCUAGCGCGAGUUCCUCCUUCACCUCGGCAUCGGCUGCCGGAACAAAUGCCUCGAGGAACGGGACCUCCAGAAGCUCGACCACGUUCGGCACCCUUCCAAGCUCGUUGGACUCCAACCCGGGAACUGUGCAGAUGGUCCUUGACCCCUACCCAGAGUUUCUCAACCCGUGUGAUUACUCCAGUUCCUCCGAUCCGGAGCUAGAGUCCGACGAAGAGGUCAAUCAAAAUUCUCUAUUCCGACGAUAUCGGCGACGAAUGCGCCAGAUCGACAUGAUGAGACGAUCGCACAACAUUCAACAACAGUCAACCAUGGGCAACCAUCCUCCUAUUCCUACAAUCUCUCUCGCUUUCCCUGAUACCUCCGCCGACCCCGAUCUUCAUCAGAUGCAGGCCAUACUGGAUCGACUCGCUCGCCGGGAGGAUAUCCCGGACGACUGGUGGGCGGCGGCCGGGCUGUCUCGGACCAUCGGUCAAAGGGCUGGUUCCAAUGAUGAGUCCACCAGUAACACCGACGGUGCGGACGGACCAUUGAGACAACCGUAAAAGAAAAUUUUACAUCAUUUAUGCUUCUGUGUCAAAUAUUGAGCUUUUUUGAGAAUUCUUAUAUCUUCUUUCUCCGAUCUCGGGGUGUGGGGACUUACUGGGGAAUUUCGGCGUUGUUGGGUUCUUUUCAAGCGGUGACUUGCAGUUUACAGCGGAGGGCGAGAGAGCACUCGGCAAUGAAUAGGGUUAUUUCUCAUACUGAUCGAAUUCCUGUAUGUAUUUUUGUGAGAUUUGUCGCGGAUCAACAGUUAAUAGCAACGUGCCUACAGAGUUUGC